CAUGUACUCACUCACUCACUAAUUCCUCACUCCUCACUUCUUACCCACUCUUUAUCCCUCACUCCCAUCUCUCGUUUCCUCACUCACUCCCAUCGGCUCUCCCAUCCGCCUUUUCUCCUCCCAUCCACUGACUAUGACUGUUCCGUCUUCUCUACACCACACACCACUCACACCUACAACACACACUUACACCACACACGCCUACACUUACACCCACACACCCUCUCGUCAGCAACCCAAGACAGGGCGAACGGGUGGGUGGUGGCUCAAGCCUGCCGGAAACAACGGGCAAACCGUAAGGCGCACCACCAACCCGGGAUGCCUCGUCCCAAAUUCCUUGCGUCUUGUUGCACUUGUGUGCCCCACGAUCCGAACUGAGGCAUUAUUCGACCUCGAGUUGCCCUUCUUGCGCAUUUGUCCUCGAUCCCGUUCGUGGGUCCAUCCGAUCCAACGACGCCGUUGUCGGCGGGUCCAGGGAACAAGGAAGGACACCACAAGAAUGAUUCACACGCGUGGGGAUCGGACAAAGUCAACGCCGCCCUCUCCCUCACAAAUAACCUCAUUAUCAGCAUCAACACCAACCCCGCGGCGAUGUUGGAGUCACCGUAUCGGACAGCCUGGUCUUAGCCUGCCUUCUGUUUUGUUUCCUCAUAAGCAGCCCCCCAUUCCUCUUUGAGUGACCGAGCGCGUCAUCCCUCGCCCAGCUACAGUCUGUCCCGGAAACUCUCCUCUACACCACAUCCGCCCAUCCACCCGCCCAUCCAUCCCCGUCCGCGGAUCCCCAGCCGGCAGCCUGAUUCUUAGCCUCCUCGGCUACCUACUCUUGGACUUUUGCCUUUGUCCCUUGUCUCUGCCACGACUCAGCCUGCUCGGAGCUUCUCCAAUUCUCCCAGACCCGAGAACUUGGCAGAGCUGGACAGCCUACGUCUUGUUGCUGCCUGACCCUCGACGACGCCAACGCACGAUUCUCUCCCCCUCCUUAGGAUCUCGCCGACUUGCGAAUAAUGCGGCUCUUGCUCGUCAACGAUGACGGACCCCCGUCGUCCGUCUCGCCCUAUUUCGCUCCCUUUGUCGACGCCUUGAACGAGGCUGGCCACACAACCGUCGUCGUGAUCCCUGACCGUCCGCUGUCCUGGAUCGGCAAAGCUCACGCGGUCGGCAAAACCCUCACCGCCGCGAGCAGGUGCCCGGCCUCCUUCGCCGACAGGACCUGCGACGUCCCUGGCUGUGACGACGCCGACGACCGCACCCACCGCUGGCUUGUCGUCGACGGCCUCCCCGCCAGCUGUGCCCAGAUCGGCCUGUUCCAUGCCGGCUUCGAGCCCGCCGACUUCGACCUCGUCGUCUCGGGCCCCAACCACGGUCCCAACGCGAGCACCGUCUACGCCCUAGGCAGCGGCACGGUCGGCGGCGCCAUGGAGGCUGCGCAGUGCGGAAGGAAGGCCGUGGCCCUCAGCUUCGGCAGCAAGGACGCGCAGCCCGAUGACGUUAUCCGAGCCGCCUGCGUCCGCGCUGCCGCGCUCGUAGACGACCUCGCGCGGGACUGGCACCCGGACGUCGACGUGUACAGCGUCAACGUGCCCAUGGUUGCCGACAUCGCAGAUCGGCCGGUGAGACUGACCACCACGGCGCGCGGCCGCUGGGUCACGGGGGGCCUGUUCAGCCCCGCGCCCGCCGAUCCUGAGAAGCUGGCGGCCUCACGUGUCUACCAGUUUCGGUGGGCGCCGCAGCUGGCCGACAUCAAGCGCCAGGCCGAGGAGAGCCCCGAGGGCGAGGACCUGUGGGCGUCACUCAAUGGCGUCAUCAGUGUUGCCCCCUUGAAAGCGAGCUUCACGGCUGUCGACGUGCGGAAGUGACCAUUUCUAUUCACUCGCACCAAGUCCAUCCCGGUCGGAUGCUUGGAAUAAAGACUCCGUUGACACCAGUAACAUAGACUAAAGCAUAGACUGAAAAAAGGUAUGACAUAGAUGCACGGGUAUGAGAUAGACCCGCGGAACAGACAUAGACGAGGCAACGGCUUGAGGCUCAAGUAGACACACAUCCACCGGCGCUCUCUUCAAUGAAGAUGCCUCCGUAUAUCUGGCCCUCGUCCAAGUUGUUCGACUGGUAUCCCUCGUUCACUACGUCACUCGUACCCGUUGGUUUCUUCAAGAGGCCAAUCUGGUAUUGUCCGUCACCCACGAGGUUGGCCGCGAUGACGCCGUCUUGCCUGGCGAGUGGGGCGUUGCCCGCAGAGUACCAGACUUGAAUGGUACUGUCACAACACCUCAGUAAACAUGUGACAAGGUUAGGGGGGGGAUGAGCUAGGUGAGCGUACUUAUUGGUAAAGUCCAGCGUCAGGGCGAAAUUUUGCCACGACCCGUCCGUCGCCACGGGCGUCGACCAGACGAGCCUAUUGUCCCGGUCCAGCAAUUUGAAUGUGUUCCUCGGCAGCCCCGGCUGGCCGAUGAUGGUGCCCGUCUGGAAGCUGAACUGGUUCGCGUCGUACGCGGCCGUCUCGUGCCAGACGUUCUGUUUGCAACGCUGCUCAGCACGAGGGCGGCUCAAGCGACGAGAACCACGUAUAGGAGUAUAGGAAGGAAGAGAAGAGAAAAACACCAUAUUUGACCUACGAGGUACUCGUGCGUUAGGUUCAACGGCCUCGCCGUAUCCUGCCGCACGCUAAAAUGGAGCGUCUUGACCCCGGCGCCAGCAGGCCCGCCAACGUUGGCGUCCCCGGCGAACAGCAGCCCCGCGCGCCGGAAGCCGCGCUGGUCCAUGAAGACGCUUGCGUCAGAGAUGGUCACCUCGAGCGGGCGCCUCCUCUCCCCGCCCGAGUCGAAGCGUGAGGGCGGCCCGGCUCGGGGUAGCAGGAUGAUGUCAGACCAGAGCAGGCCCUCGCCUUUCACGUAGUCCGGGUUGUAUGGGUUCCAGCCGCCGCCCGAGGCCGAGUCAAAAUCCCCGGGCACCGCGGCUGCGGGGACGCGACCGUCGAAGAUGACGGGGCAUUGUAUGGAUGCUGCGCCGCAGUUUGAGGGGCUUGACGCUGUGAGGACAACCAGGGCGAGGAGCAGGAGGGCAGCGGGUGGGAGCAUUUUGAAAACUUUGGUCCAAAGGGUGAUGGGUUACAGAGGAAGGAGGGUAGAAUGAAGGCAGAAUGCCCAUUAUAUCAUAUCACUCACCAUUGUCACGCACUCAAAUUUUACGAUGUCUCUGUCGUAGGUCUGUGCAGAUCGAGUGAUGGGUUAAUCUACCAUGGCGGUUACGCUCCGUGUAAAAGGAGCUUUCCAGGGUAACAUUCUCGUAUCCGAGUUUGGAGUAGUGAAGAACAUCGUCAUGAAUAUAGCUGGUGGCCGGUGAGUGGACCGGGUAAAGUCGUCGUGUCGCGAUGUGCUGGGUUGCAAAACAUCGUUGACUUUGGGACGCCGAUCUUCUCACCGCUUGAUCUCUCCUAAUGUUCUUGUUCUCAAUUUCACUUACAGGCUUGGUAAACGGCUUUCUGUUUGUUCUGACGGGUUGCAGAUGUGCAAGAGAGAGAG